UCCUGUCACUGGCUUAUAUGGACAAGUCGGCCCACUGUGUCACGUGACGUUGGGCUGCUAAAAACAGCUCGGGCUCCACUCUGAACGAGGGCCUGAAACAAUGUCCUCCACCAAGAGAAACAUAAAGGACACUUGAUCAUACAGUCCUUGGAAUUAUUUCCAGGAAACACUUGCCGAGGCCAUUCGGAGCACCCUUUCCCUGGCAGGGCACUCAGGGACGGCCAGGAGAUGAGUGCAUCUCUGAAUUACAAGUCUUUUUCCAAAGAGCAACAGACCAUGGAUAACUUGGAGAAGCAACUUAUCUGUCCCAUCUGCCUGGAGAUGUUCACGAAGCCCGUGGUCAUUCUCCCCUGUCAGCACAACCUGUGCCGGAAGUGUGCCAGCGACAUUUUCCAGGCCUCUAACCCGUAUUUGCCGACAAGAGGAGGUACCACGGUGGCAUCAGGGGGCCGAUUCCGAUGCCCCUCCUGUAGACACGAAGUGGUUCUGGACAGACACGGGGUCUAUGGACUUCAGAGGAACCUGCUGGUAGAAAACAUCAUCGACAUCUACAAGCAGGAGUCCACCAGGCCAGAAAAGAAGUCUGACCAGCCCAUGUGCGAAGAACAUGAAGAGGAGCGCAUCAACAUCUACUGUCUGAACUGUGAAGUGCCCACCUGCUCCCUCUGCAAGGUGUUUGGUGCACACAAAGAUUGCCAGGUGGCACCCCUCACUCAUGUGUUCCAGAGGCAGAAGUCAGAGCUCAGUGAUGGCAUCGCUGUUCUUGUGGGGAGCAAUGACCGAAUCCAAGGGGUGAUCAGCCAGCUGGAGGACACCUGUAAAACCAUUGAGGAAUGCUGCAGAAAACAGAAGCAGGACCUUUGUGAGAAAUUUGAUUACCUGUAUGGCAUCCUGGAGGAGAGGAAGAAUGAAAUGACCCAGGCCAUCACCCGAACYCAAGAGGAGAAACUGGAACAUGUCCGAGCUCUGAUCAAAAAAUAUUCCGAUCAUUUGGAGAACGUAUCAAAGUUGGUCGAGUCAGGAAUCCAGUUCAUGGAUGAGCCAGAAAUGGCAGUGUUUCUGCAGAAUGCCAAAACCCUGUUACAAAAAAUCUCAGAAGCAUCAAAGGCAUUUCAGAUGGAGAAAAUAGAACAUGGUUAUGAGAACAUGAGCCACUUCACAGUCAACCUCCAUAGAGAAGAAAAAAUAAUACGUGAGAUUGAUUUCUACAGAGAAGAUGAAGACGAGGAAGAAGGAGGGGGAGAAGGAGAAGAAGAAGAAGGAGAGGAAGCAGUAGAAGUGGAAGAGGUGGAAAAUAUUCAAAUAGAGUCAUCAGGAGAAGAUGAAAGUCCUGCAAAAGCCUCGGAGACCUCUCAGCUGGUCUCAGAGCUCCAGGCUGGCCCCGGAGCACUUCCAGUUUCCUCUUCAGAGCCACCUCCAACCCUGCCACCUGCUGUGGAUGCCCCAGUGACACAGGGGGAGGUUGUGCCCACUGGCUCUCAGCAGACCACAGAGUCUGAAACUCCAGUUCCUGCAGYAGCGGAAACUGCGGAUCCCUUGUUUUACCCUAGUUGGUAUAAAGGCCAAACCCGGAAAGCCACCACCAACCCACCUUGCACCCCAGGGAGCGAAAGUCGGGGGCACAUAGGGCCUCCAAGUUCUGAGGAGUCAAAUGUACAGAAGGCAGAAGUGACAGAAGCCGUAGCCAAUGAGAGGGCAGCAGUGAGUGGUAAGGAAACUAGUUCACCUGCAGCUACUUCUCAGAUUGGAUUUGAGGCCUCUCCCCUCCAGGGACAGGCUGCAGCUUCAGAGAGUGGGAGUGGAGCUGAUUCUGAGCCAGCUCGCCAUGUCUUCUCCUUCUCCUGGUUGAACUCCCUGAAUGAAUGAUGUUCAUUCCAACUGCUGCACUUCUGUCUGCCUGAAUGAGAUGCACACAGGCAGCAGGGAACCUAGAUGAAAUUAACAUGAUACAGAUGAUGAAUGGGACCUCUCGACAGGAUUUUUAAAAGAAAGAAAAAAAAACCACUUUAAUUCCAGAUGACUUAUCUAACACAUUGAAGAAAAAAAUACUUUCAGAAAAUAGAUGCAGAAAGCACUGGAGAAAAGAAACUUGAUCUUAUGCAAGUCUUUUAUUGUGUGGGAAACAUGAGGGGUGUGUAGGUGUGGUACAUGUGGGUGCGUCAGUUACAAGUA